AAAAAAUAAAUAAAUAAAUAAAGAACAAUUAAAAUUCUGUUCCAAUAACAAUAAAGACCCACAUCAUUAGUGUUGAAAGCUACUCAACAUUUACAUGAAGAAGAGAGAGAUAGAUCUACUGAUAUAUACAGAUCAGUUGUUUGUUGCUUUCUCAAUAUCUCAAUAAUGGCAGCUUAGAAGGUGGUGGAAGUGACAGAGAUGGGGAAGACAAGCAAGUGGAUUCGAAACUUCCUGACAGGAAAGAAAGACAAACAAAAAGAAAAGGAUCAGAUUCUGGGUCUGCCCACUUCACACCGAACAGAGAACCCCACUACUCCGAUUUCGAUCACUCCCACGACUCCGAAGGAGAAGCGGAGAUGGAGUUUCCGGCGAUCCUCGGCUGCGGCGGCUGGUCAGAACGGUACGGAGAGCAUUGCCACCACUCCGCCGCCGCCGGCGGUGUUGGAAUCGGAAAAUGAGCAGAGGAAGCAUGCAACGGCGGCACAGGCCUCUGCUGCCGUGAUCCGGGCAACCGCUGCCGGAAGAGGCACUGCUAUUGAAGAGGCUGCUGCCAUAAAGAUCCAAUCUGUUUUUCGUUCUUAUUUGGCAAAAAAAGCACUAUGUGCAUUGAAAGGCCUAGUGAAGUUGCAGGCAUUGGUGAGGGGUCACCUAGUGAGGAAACAAACCACUAUGAGCCUGCGGUGCAUGCAGGCUUUGGUGACAGUUCAGGCUAGAGCUCGCGCUCAGAGGAUCAGAAUGGUUGAAGAAUCCAAGUCUAUUAUCAAUCAGAGCCAAUUCAAUUACAGUCAUAGACAAACCACACAGGACAAUAGGUUCAAGCAUUCAUAUGAGAUGGAUAGCGGCAUGGAGGAGAACAUCAAAAUUGUAGAAAUGGAUAUUGGAGAAUCAAAAUUGACUACAAAGAGCAGAAACAGCUAUCCAAACAACCCACAAACAGAGUGUACUGGACAUCGAUUUUCCACACAUUCCGCACCAAAUCGCUCAUACUCAAAGCCCGAUCACCAAGAGCUAUCACCAGCACCGUCAGCACUGACUGACAUAAGCCCGAAAACUUGCAGUGGACAUUUUGAGGACUACCCAUUGGGCACAGCUCGAAGCAGCCCUUGGUAUCACUCUUCUGUGUCCAAGCCCGACCCUUCCACAGCCCCUUUCGCCUUUCCAAGCCACGAAUAUGCCGAGUCUCUCUGCUAUGAGUACCCUUUCUUUCCAAACUAUAUGGCUAAUACUGAGUCUUCAAGGGCCAAAGUGCGGUCACAGAGCGCGCCAAAGAUGAGGCCAGACUCAUUUGAGAGGCAACUGAGUAGGCGGAGGCCUUCACUGGAAGGAAGGAAUAUUCCCCGGGCUGUGAGGAUGCAGCGGUCAUCCUCACAUGUCGGUUCCACAGCUCAGAAUUAUCAGCACCCGUGGUCAAUUAAGCUUGACAGGUCGAGUGUUUCGCUUAAGGACAGUGAAUGUGGAUCAACUAGCACGGUUCUCACGAAUACCAACUACUGCAGAUCUCUCGUUGGAUUUGAUGUGAGCAGAGUUCAAUUCAGAUUGAAAUAAUUCAAUAAAAGCUUGUGUUAUAUAUCAUUUGUGUUUUUGCCAAUGCAGGUUCAUGGAAAUAGGUACUGAAAGUGCUUUUUUCAUCGUUGGGUUAUGACUCAAUUGUUGUGAAUGAUCCGGGUAGAAACAAUGUCAGAGAAUUGACAAUCGAUCAAAGCUAGAAACAGUAAGGUGUUUGAUGUAGAAACUGCUAAAAAAAAUUCUGCAAUUUUUCAUCUUUAUUUUAAUCUUGAGGCCCAGUAUGUUGUUUCUGUUUUGCAUUUUUGUGUUUUCAAAUUAUCUGGUCGCUGAACUUGAAUUGUGUUUCCACAGCCCCUAACCGUAAGGAAAAUGCAUUGUAAAAGGACCGCAAAUUGUUCAUAGAAAUUCUAUUGAGUUUGAAUUUUAUUGUUUAUAUAUAUUAAGUAAUUACUGCA